ACUGUCAACAUUGCCUUAUUCACAUCUCCAAGAGGAGGAGAAGCGUCGUUGCUCGACUAUUUCCUAACUUUACUUUUUCCUCAUCCUUGGAAACUACACCUCGUACACUAAUCAAGAUGAAGGUUGUCGGAUCUACUUGCGCCCUGAAGAGCAAGGUCGGCAGCGAGGACGUGGUGCGCUGCCUGUCCGAUCAGAGCCUGACCAUCUCUAAGUGCAAGAUCCCGCUGCUGGACGAGCAGAUGAGCGUCUUCCUGCAGGACAUGAACAGCUGCUACAGCAAGCUGAAGGAGCUCGUGCCCACCCUGCCCACCAACAAGAAGGCCAGCAAAGUGGAGAUCCUGCAGCACGUUAUCGAUUACAUCUGGGACCUGCAGGUCGAGCUGGACGAGCCGGAGAAGAGCCGCCAGCACUCCACCAGCAGCGUCCCCCGCACACCGCUGACCACUCUGAACGCAGAGCUCGCCAGCAUCUCUGUGGAGAAUGGAUGCUCAGAUGACAGGAUUAUGUGCCGUUAAGAGCUCGUGGAGCAUCGCACCAUGACCCCACAGCGAGCACCACCAAGAACGAACAAGGCUACCUGAUGUGACUCCGCGACCACAUCAAUUAAAAAAAAAACCUUGAACUGUGUAGGGACGUUUCAAACUCCCAAUGCUAGAAAAAAAUAACGUUGUGUGGACAUCCUCCGGUGGCGAGGAUCUCUGCCACUCACGGCUCUCGAUUCAUCAGAGGGUCCUGAGAGAAGAAGACCGGUAGUGUCCAGACAUAGACUGGGUUAGCCCGGAGGACCAAGACAAGUUCAGUGCAGCCAGCAUCGCUUGUUGCUUGUAGAGUUUCUAAAGAAAGCUAAUGUUUCUGUUACGCUCUUUGUAUCUUGUAUAAACCAUGUAGAGAAUUCAACAUUUUGUAAAAGAAAAAAAAGUAAAUUUCUCAGAUUCCUGAGCGACAAACUGUAUUGUAUAUUACAAUGCCUCAUUACGUGAAGAUAUUGUUUUCUUACAAUGUACUUUAUUGGUGUUUUUAUUAAAACAAGACAAUUAUUUUUGAACAAGAA